CUGCUGGUCCUUCCCUGCUGCAGCUACUCAGGCUGCCUGCUGUAUCACAGGGGAAGGAGAAGAAAGUACCUCUGGCUGCCAUUGCUUCCAGUGCCUGCCCUUCUUCCCUGCCUGGCCGUGGGAGCCCCACAGAGAUCAGCUAGGAGCUCUGCCUCCAAGGGGAGUGCUUUGGAAAGACUGGCUCUCCUCUCCCACAGAGGAAAUGGAGGAGAAGCUCCAUGAAUCUGCUCCAGCCAGGGUACGCAUUAGCUUGUUCCAGCUGCCUGUGGUCCAGAUGGUACAUAUCCAGUUGGGGAUAGCUGGGGUACAUCCUUCAUGGCACCUGCACUGGGGUGUGAAGAAGGAAGCAUAGGGAUGGCUAUGCUGACUCUACAUCAGGGGCUGGUACACUUUUUGCCCUGAGGGCCACAUCCAGCUAGAGAAAGAUUUGGAAGAGGUGAAAGAGCUCCUGAAAAAAGCCACAAGAAAAAGAACUCAUGAUGUCUUGAUGGCAGAAAAGUACAAGCUAGAGAUGGAAAUCAAGAACCUGCCACCACCCAAGCUAAAAGAAGACACUAUGGAGGAAGAGAAACCACCAGCUGGGGGAUACACAGUGAAAAUCAACAGUUACGGUUGGGAUCAGUCGGAUAAGUUUGUGAAGAUUUACAUCACUUUAAAUGGAGUGCAGCAGCUUGCAGCUGAGAAUGUGCAGGUCCACUUUACAGAGAGGUCAUUUGAUCUGCUAGUGAAGAAUCUCAGUGGCAAGAAUUACUCCAUGACAUUCAAUAACCUUCUGAAACCCAUCUCUGUGGAAGGCAGCUCAAGGAAGAUCAAGACGGAUAUGAUCCUUGUAUUAUGUAGGAAGAAACGGGAGGAAAAAUGGGAUUGCCUGACUCAGGUGGAAAAAGAGAGCAAGGAGAAAGAAAAAGCCUCUUAUGACACCUCAGACCCUGGUGAGGGGCUGAUGAACCUUCUGAAAAAGAUGUAUGCAGAGGGAGAUGAUGAAAUGAAAAGAACCAUUAACAAGGCCUGGGUUGAAAGCAGAGAGAAACAAGGCAAAGGGGAUAUGCCAUUAGAUAUGUGAAACUACUCCAAAGGCUGCCUUGACAUGGAUCUUCCAUAUGGGACUUUUGCUGUGCUGCAGAGAUCAGUUGUAGAAGUGCAUUGUUUACACAACCUUCUUCCAAGCAAAGACACUUACCUGUUUUCCAUUUCAGGUUGGAGGAAAUAUUUAAAUAAAAUACACUUAUAAAGCAUUUCUUUCCAUCAAGUGGUUUCCUCUUCCCUGAUGAGUAGGAAGUAUGUGUGUCUCUUCCCUCCCCUUCCCCUUAAGAGCUUUUUAUUCUGCUCAUCCAAAAUGUCUGUAAAGCUGAUAAUUAUGCAAAUGUAAAAAGAAGAAAAAUCCUAAAUGUCACUUGGCUGCCUUUGGCUAUUUGGUUCCUAGCCCUAAAUGUAUUAACCCAGCUCAAGUGACUUUCUACAUGCAGGAAGCAGGAGAAACUAACAAACAAACCUCAAAAGGACAGACAUGUCUAAAUUGCUGAAGCCAGCUUAAUUAUAGGUAUGGAAUCUGCAUCUUCGACUCUAGUUACUAGCUUACUGUGCUGGAAAGUAGCUCUUGCCUGCCGUUCUUUACAAAAGGGCAAUGGCAAGAACCCUGUAGAAAGCAUGCUGAGCAGACACCUGUUGCUAGUCAAGAGAUUUGCUUAAGUGCACCCAGAAAAAGCUGAAUGUGACAAGCUUACCCAGCAUCUGCCUGUGGCAGGCAAUCCACCCAUUUUUCCAACCACCUCCCCAAAACGCAGGAGCCACUGCUGAGUAACAGCUGUGCAGUUAGUAGCCAUAGAAAGGAAAGAUGCAAGAACCUUUGGACUAGCACAAGGUAGAAGCGUAACUACUCUCGACCCUUUGUAAAGUGCUUGAUCAUUGACAGGAAGGUUCUGUACCAAACUAAUGAAUUAAUAAGUUGCUAUAGGCAUGACCCCCUUUCUUU